GCAUUUUCUUUUAUGUCUGUAUGGAGCAAUUAUCCUUGGCUUCAUUGUUGCUGGUGAAUUAAAAGACAAGAAAGUUGUCUACAUACUGACAGUUUAUUAUGGCAUUGAUAAUUCAUUCUCUGGCCUGUUUCCCCAUGUUGCACAGUGGUUGCUUGCUGUCCAUAACACACAGAUACUUUUGGUUGUAUUUUUGGGUAUAAUAGCGUUGCUUCUUGGGGGGUUUUGUGCUUAUCAUGUACAUCUUUGCUUAUCCAAUACGACUACGAAUGAGACAUUCAAAUGGCAAGACUACAUUUUCUGGAUGAAAAAGGAGAACGCAGCGAAAGCUAGCGCAUACACACUGAAGGCGAGCAUCAACGCAGCCAGCAGUGAAGCGCAGAAAUCGCCGCCAAGCAAAUGGAAGACGUUCUUCUCAAGGUCGAAAACACGGGCCGAGGAGCUGGUCGUGAAGAAUAACAUAUAUGACGUUGGCUGGAUCAGGAACCUGUGUGAGGUGAUGGUACCUUUAUCAGAGCGGAGGUCGUUCUCUUGCAAGAAGUCCGAAUGAAGUGAAAUGCUGUUGCAACUGUUGUAUAUCCGUUGUAGAAUUUUGGGAACAUUUCCCCUCCUCCCUCAUACACUGACAUGGUGUUAGGGCCGUGAUCGGAGCCAAAGUAAUUAACUGUAGAUGACAGUAUGUGCAAGUCGUUUUUGCUUGUAUCAUUCCUGAAGCAAUCAAUAGUUUUGGCAUUUUGAUUA